AUGUCGCACGACGCCAACUGUAUUUUCUGCAAGAUUGUGGAUGGAAAGAUUCCAUCGAUGAAGCUGUAUGAGACGGACAAGUCGUAUGCUUUCCUCGACAUUGGACCAUGCUCACCUGGUCAUAGCCUCGUCAUCCCCAAGUACCACGCCGCCAAGAUGCACGAGCUGCCGGAUGAGUACUUGCAGGACAUUUUGCCGAUCGCCAAGAAGGUGGCGAUAGCGACCGGUGCGCCGGAAUACAAUAUCCUGCAAAACAACGGCCGACUGGCGCACCAGGUCGUCGACCAUGUGCACUUCCACGUCAUCCCGAAGCCUUCGAGCGAGCAGGGACUGGUCGUCGGCUGGCCAUCGACCCAGCCACCGAAGGAGGAGCUGCAAGCCGUGUAUGAGCGCCUCCAGAAGAACAUGCGCCAGUAA